AUGCAACCUCCAACAAGCCCGAGGGACUGUGACUCGCCGAGUGCGAAGAACAGAAAACGCGUCGCAGAACCUCUCUCGCCGCCCGCGCCUGCCAACGAUAACGAGACACCGCGCAUCCUCCGCCGUCAUCAGCAUCGCCAUCGCAACGUUGCCGCCGCCAUAUGGGGCCCCGACAUCGCCUCACCCAGGACACCUGCCGCUACCUCUCCUGCUCUGAAGCAGCCCUUCAACAUCUACAAAGCGCUCCUCCGACAUCCGAACCUCUUCUUCCAAUUCGCACUUCGCCUACCAUACCCCGCGAUCAUUGACCUCUACGCCAUCGAUAAGGAGUUUCAUUACCGCCUCAACAAGUAUAGCGUCAGCCUCAUCCACGACUAUGCAAGAUACCACGCCCCACUCGCCGGCUACAUCUUCAGCUGGAUACUUUACCCUAACCUAUGCAUCUCUGAUCCAAUGCUUCGGCCCAUGGAUGGGCGUGAGUGGCUUGCGAGAGACGUACCCGGCUUCCGAUGGAUUGGCAUGGUGCUCUGGCGCGAGCGAGUCGUGAAGUCGAUAUUAACGAGGCUGGCAAUCGAGGGCCACAGGGUGCCAGAGGGUACGAUAGGCGCAUUGAUGAAGUUUUGGUGCUUGAUGGAGAUGAAUACGACUGCACUGCGACAGGCAUUUCUUCAAGAUGGCGACAUCUGGACAAAUGCGGAUAUCAUCAACUUGCAGCUCUUCCUCGUCAAGCUGGAUAUGCGCUUCGCCAACCCGAUACUGGGCAACGGCAUCUGCGAACUGAGUCACAUGUUGCUCACCCAGAAAUCGCUCAGCACACUGUGGAAGAUACUGUGUGGGAAGUUGGAGUUCGACUACGACGAGACUACCGAAAUGGUCGUGCGCACCUACCUCACCGAGGAUCUAGACAUCGACGAUCAGCCCUGGCUCGAUGACGAGGUCGACACUGGCGUUCCCGAAGAAGAGUGGGGGAUCUUGUGCCGCGAAGGAUGGCAGAUGAAUGGCCGACGCAUGGAGCCUGCUGUUGAUAUGGUCAUCUCUGAGGGUAUCAGAAGGGGCCUUAAUGUGCAUCAGCAUUAUUUGGAUUUCGUCCUUUACGGAUAUGUGGAUCCAUGCACGGGGAGGAAUCUGCCGGCACCGAGACAUCUGAGGAGAAACAACGGUGUGGUGAUGCCGAGAGAAGGGUGGCCGGGGAAGCUGUUGAGUGAUAGAAUGGUUGAGAAGUUGGACGACGAAUUUGGAGUGCGUAGGCUUAGGAAUGAAGAUGAGAUGGAUACAAGCAGCUAA